AUGCCGAAACCUAGGCAUAUCGUCGUGCUUGGGGCAACGGGCAUGGCAUUCUCCUCUGUAUCCGCCGCACUGACCCUCUACGUCCGCAACGCUUCGAGACUCCCCGCCGCACACACGGAAGCAGAUCCAGCUCGUAUUCGGGUCGUCGAAGGCGGACUUACAGACCAAGCGGCACUUGAAGCUGCACUCACAGAUCCCGCCGCACCUGUUGAAGCCGUUGUGUCAUUCUUGGGCGCGUACCCUACGCUCAGUGCGUUCUUGUUGAGGACCAAAACGACGCCUAUUGCGGACUCCUUCCCGAUAUUAUUUGCGGCAAUGAAGAAGACCAGCGUCAAGAGGAUCCUUGCGCUCUCGACGCCAGCGUGGUUGGUGAAAGAGCAGCAAACGGGACCCAAGGGUGCUGAAGGCGAGACGGUCGAGUUCGAUAAGUUCCCGUGGUCAUGGUGGUUGGCGAUGAAGGUUCCUCCACUCCUGAUUCCUCAGGGCCACAAGGAGAUGGAACAGAUCGCCCGGCGGGUUGUAGAAGAGGGUCAGAGCGGAGGGUGGGGACUGAAGUGGACCGUCUUCCGCGUGCCUCAUCUCAACGCCGGGGGUGCUGAUGAGAGAGUCAGUGCCGGGAUAUUCGGGCAUGGAUUCGUGGGCACCCGUGAGCUGAGCCGGAAGAGCAUGGUGAACUGGGUAUUGGAGGAGGUUGAGGCCGGUGAGUGGAUCAACAAGGCUCCCGCUAUAGGGAAUUAUUAG